CUUUUAGUAAUACUUAUACGUUCGCUGACUGGUAAUCAUUAAUAUUAUUUACUAUUAUAUAUAUUUUACGUUAUCUUAUAAUAUAACAGUAGCGAAAAUAAUUUAUUUUCUACUGUAAAUUGUAAUAUUAUUUGAAUAUUUUUUUAGUACAUACUUUUUCCAUCAAUUUUUUUUAAAAUAUCAAAUCUUUGAUCUUCUGCCUGAUCUUAAAUUAAGUUAAUCAUCAUGGUAUCGUUGAUGUCAAGAUUAAAAACCACCAAAAUGGUAAAUAGUGUAUCGUUAAUCCGACAAAUGUCUGCUAAAGUAAUGACAGAAGGUGAAUUAAAAGUAAAUAAGAGUAGUAAUACCAAUAAAGAAGUAAGAUUGAGUUAUCUUGAUGGUAAAGACAAUGGAAUAGCGGUUUUGGGACUUAAUCGUCCUGAGGCAAGAAAUGCCUUCAGCAAAAAUCUAGUGGCCCAAUUGACUGAAGCCGUUGAUAAGAUUCGUAAUGAUGAGAAAGUUCGGGUGCUCAUUAUUCGUAGCCUGGUACCGAAGAUAUUUUCUGCUGGCGCUGAUUUACGGGAGCGGUUUGAAAUGACUGAAGAUCAAGUAGAACAAUUUAUCCAUUCACUUCGUAGUUUUAUGAGAAGUGUUGAGACAAUGCCAGCACCUGUUAUUGCGGCUAUUGACGGUGUAGCCUUGGGAGGCGGAUUGGAGCUCGGACUUGCUUCGGAUAUCAGGACUGCUGCUAGUGAAGCCAAAAUGGGCCUUGUUGAGACUAAAUGGGCCAUUUUUCCCGGUGCUGGAGGCACGCUGCGUUUACCGAGGAUUGUUGGACCUGCAAUAGCAAAAGAACUUAUUUAUACCUCGAGAAUUAUUGACGGUGAAGAAGCUAAAAAUAUUGGCUUAGUUAAUCAUGUUGUUAAGCAAAAUAAAACAGGUGAUGCUGCUUACCAUUCGGCUCUUGAUAUUGCUAGAGAAAUUUUACCCAAUGGACCUAUUGGUGUUAGAUUGGCGAAAGUUGCGAUAUCGCAAGGAAUAGAAGUGCCGAUCGAAGAUGGAUUUAAAAUAGAGAAAAAGUAUUACAGUGAACUACUGAAAACGCAAGAUAGAAUCGAAGGACUGGCGGCAUUCUCAGCUAAACGUGUUCCUAUUUACCGAGGAAUGUAAAAAAUAAUUAUUACGUAAUUGUUUUUCAUUUAUUUUUUAUAAUGUUUCUGUUAUUUUGAUUUUUACAUUUUAAAUAAUUAAUUCUGUUACGUUACACUACUACUGUGAUAUAUUAAAUGUUUUUAAUUCCUUAGAUAAUAUAUAUGAUGUAUACAUUUAACAACAAAUAUAAUUAACAAUACACUGUUAACUGUUAUCCUUUUAAUAAAUACUUUGUUUUAAAACGACAACAUUUUUUAUCGGCAGACUCGGAAUGAUAAAAAAUCAUGAUAUUAUAAGUCAUCGAUACUUGACAAUUUUUAUAUUUGUACAAAC